AUUAUUUUUACCAUUACAAUGAGAACUUUUUGUCAUGAGAAUUUUGAGUGUGAGAGAGAGAGGGAAGAGAAGGUACUAGAACAGAGCACCACUGUGGGGUCACUCAAUUGAAAAAAAUGGAAAGCUUUUCAAAAUGGGGCGGCGAGAAAUUCACAUCCCUCCGUUAAAGGAAUCUCUCCUCCUUCACUUUUCCUAUAAAUCUUUUUCAUUUCCAUCCAUAACCCAUCGUCCCUUUUCUUCUCUAUCUCUUCAUUUUCUCCAGCCAUGGCCAAAGAUUCCGAUGCCGGAGCCUUCGCCGCCAAGGACUACCACGACCCUCCACCGGCCCCUUUCAUCGACCCCCACGAGUUUACUCAAUGGUCAUUUUACAGAGCCAUCAUCGCCGAGUUCAUCGCCACUCUCCUCUUCUUGUACGUCACUGUUCUCACUGUCAUUGGCUAUAGUAGCCAGUCCGACAUCAAACAUAACGGCCAAAUCUGCGGUGGUGUCGGCAUUCUUGGCAUCGCUUGGGCUUUCGGUGGAAUGAUCUUCGUUCUUGUCUACUGUACUGCUGGAAUUUCAGGUGGACAUAUCAAUCCGGCGGUGACAUUUGGGCUGUUUUUGGCUCGGAAAGUCUCGUUGGUGAGGGCUGUUCUGUACAUGGUUGCUCAAUGCCUUGGUGCUAUUUGUGGAUGUGCUUUGGUUAAAUCGUUUCAAAAGGGUCUUUACAUUCGUUACGGCGGUGGAGCCAAUUCUCUCGCCGACGGCUACAGUACCGGCACUGGCUUAGCCGCUGAGAUCAUCGGAACUUUCGUUCUUGUCUACACUGUCUUCUCUGCUACAGAUCCCAAGAGAAGCGCUAGAGAUUCUCACAUUCCAGUUCUAGCUCCUCUGCCAAUUGGGUUCGCCGUGUUCAUGGUUCACCUAGCCACCAUUCCAGUCACCGGCACCGGUAUCAACCCAGCUCGAAGCUUUGGUGCUGCGGUGGUUUUGAACGAGAGCAAGCCAUGGAACGACCAUUGGAUAUUCUGGGUUGGGCCAUUCAUCGGAGCUGCAAUUGCUGCAUUUUAUCACCAAUUUAUUUUGAGAGCUGGAGCUGUCAAAGCGUUGGGAUCUUUCAGGAGUACUCAAAGUGUUUGAUGAUUUUGUUGAUGAGAAGAAUGGGGGUUUGGCUUUGGAUCUAAAAUGUGCGAUUAGGGAAGACAUUUGAGUUUUAGUUUUCCAUUUUCUGGCACUUCUUUUUUAUCUGUGCCUUUACUUUCUUUUGCUGUGUUGUUAUUUAUGUUGUUGUUCAAUCCUUUUUACUUUUUUAAGCACAUAUUUUGAAGGUUUUAUUUUUAAUUAUUGCAAAAGAAAGUUGUUUGGUUUAAGAAAUGGAUGUAGGGAAAUUGUGUUGGUUCUUCUAAGAACUUUAAAUCCAAGGACAUUGGCAUCCCAUCAACCAUUUUUAAA